CCGAGAGGAUAUUGUGUUGAUGCUUAUUUUCCACAUCCAUUUUGUCAAUUUGCCUUUUGCACUGUUGGUGGCGCUAAAGUUUCUGCUAGGCUUGCUAUGUUAGUUUAUUUUUCAAAAAAUUUUAAUAAUCUUUAUUUUAGUAAAGCAGACUUCUUUUUCAAAGGUUCUUCAGUAGGUAUCAGUACUUGUUGUGAUGGUUCUGAAUUGGAUGCUGAUCGUUUAUUGGAGCAAAAAAUUAAAGAUUUGGUUGACCAAAAUGAUUAUGCACGUAUUCGUUCUCUUCAAAGUAUUUCUACCGAAGACAAUGUUUUUGAAAUGUGCAAAAAAGUGGCAUUGGAAACAAAUAAAGAAAAUGAUCAGUCAACAAACAGGAAAAGAAUUAGACUUGAAAAUGAUCGGGAGAAAGAAAGGACAGAAGAAUUAAGCGAUUUAAGUAUUGUUGAGGAGGAUAUAGAAUUGGAUAAUGAAGAGCGCGAUGAGGAUAGUUUAAAUUUGCAAAACAAUUUAAUGUAA